AUGGCAACAGAUGGCUUACCAAAAGAGCACCUUGAGUGCAUGGAAUGGGCGAUAUCCCAUGGCGCUGAAGUCCGUGGCGUCACUCCAGCCCGAUUCCCCGGUCGAGGUCUUGGGAUGGUGGCAACCAGAACGAUAGAAGAAGAUGAGACGAUUAUCAUAAUUCCAUCGUCAGUGAUGUUGACAGUUGACAGUAUCCCAUCAACUUUUGUCAAGAAGUUCCGAACCGGUACUCCGACCCAAGCUAUUCUUGCUGCAUAUCUCACUCACGGCGAUAGGAGAUCGCUCAAGAAAUGGGAUGCAUGGCGUAAAGUAUGGCCGAGUCGACAGGUAUUCGAAGAUAGUAUGCCCCUAUUAUGGCCCGAAUUGUCGCAGAGCGAUUCAGGAGCUGGUGGGAUUAUCCUACCACCUUCUGCUUCUGGGAUCUCGGAAACAUCCCAGGCGAAUCCAUUGGGCGAAGGUGAUAAAGAGAUAUAUCAGAAUAUCCUCUCCCGACAACGGACGCGUCUUCAGCGUUCGUGGGAGGAUGUUGUUUCUGUGAUCCCUGAUAUGAACUGGGAUUCUUUUUCGUAUAAUUGGUGUAUUGUUAACACGAGGAGCUUUUAUUAUGUUGGUCCAGGAAAGGAGGAUCCGGAGGAUUGGAAUGAUGCUCUAGGGUUGGUGCCUUUUGUGGAUUACCUCAAUCAUUCGGAUGAAUGGACUUGUGAUGUCGCGUUCAGACCUACGGAUUACACUUUCAAGGCGAAUCGACGGAUUGAAAAGGAUGAGGAAAUAUACAUCAGCUACGGCGCACACACAAAUGACUUUCUCUUGAUUGAGUAUGGCUUUUUUCUCGACCAAAAUGUGUGCGACGCAGUAUACCUAGACGGUAUCAUAUUCCGAGAACUGAGCCCAGCUGAUGAAGAAGAGCUGAAGCAGUGGGAAUACUAUGGCAACUACGAAAUCACCUCAGAGGGACCUUGCCGCCGCAUCGGGGCAGUCGCAUGCAUGAAAUACAUGGACCGCCAAAAUUGGCCGCACAUCAUGGAAAGCAAUUCGGACGAGGGCGUUGAUACACAGAAGACAGCCGAGAUCAUCUCCGACUGGAUUAACGCUUACCUGAAAGAAUGCGAGAUGUCAAUUGAAAGUCUUGAGGCGAACAUUGCCGCUGGGCAAGAUGAGCGCCGGAAUACGAGGGUAUCAAUGAUAUUGAACAGAUGGAAGCAGAUCAAGUCGUUGUGUGAAGGUGCAUUGAAUGCGGUUGCUUGGGAAGAUACCGAUACUGAGUGA